GUAGAGACGUCAUUAUAAUCUUGACGGCGUUGCGCAAAUUGUAAAUUUUUGACUCUCACUCAUUGAGGCUGCCAUGUUUUUUUUCAUGCGGGGUGUGUGUGUUUAGAAAUUAUCAUGAUAAUUUCCCCAUAUAAACUACUACGGAAGUAAGGGGUGCACAAAGUGCUUAUCUUGUUGAUCGCUAGUGACAAUGCGAUUGUGCAAAGUCUACUAAACGCUAGGACCGCCUUGUACAAAACUACGAAACACUAGCAAAGAAUAGGCCAAAGAAAUAAGGAUGAACUAAUGUUAAGGCGGCAAUAUAAAAGAUCGAUACUUUCACACGGCCCACGGCGAAUGAAUAAUGGACUCACGAUUUCUGAACAAGAUGAAGGAAUUAAAUGGCGACUUAGAAUACUUUGGACAGAAUGCGUAAAAACAAAAGAGGGAGCCAGGCUUCAGCCUGCCGGCCUGUAACAAUACAAAACCACCCACAUCUUAUUUGAUAUUGCACAGAGUUUUACAGAGGAUAUGCAGUGCUCAAUUAUUCUGGAAAGGAUCUGUAACAGUGGCACCAAUAAAAUGAAGACUUUAAACAAUUAUAAGAAUCCUUAUAGAAAGGAGUCCAGUCUGAACGACAGUGUUGAUCAGCUAAAACUUCAAGACAUAAAAGAUCAAGAAAGUGCAUCAUCAAAAGGGAUGCCCACUUGUUCCAUUGAACAAACAGAUGCUGUUCGCCGAUAUUAUGCUGCAUUCCCGGCUCUAAAGAACGCACAAGAGUCCCCAUUGCUGUAUUAUUUGCCACCUCCAGCUUGGUGCCAAAAGUCAAAAGCGGACACUAAAGUCAAAAUGCAGUCUGAAUUGGCAUUGUCUAAGGAUUGGAAUUUAAAAAACAAAAGGUAUACUUCAGGCAAAGAACGUCGAAACUCUUAUCAAGGGCAGAAGAAAAAUAGUAGAAGGCGGUUCAACAGUUAUAGUAGAUCAUUUGAAAGCAAUGAAAUGCCUGAGUGGAUGACUCAUGAAGGAGUUUGGGACAUGGAAACCCAAGAUCCCGUUAAAGAGUUCAUCAGAGCAAUUGCAUUGGAUGAAGGCUAUGGCACCUGUGAAAAUACUGUGACUGAUGAAAUUAAAGAAAUGGCUCAAGUUAAGUUUAAAUUAAAUGAAAACAUUGUUCCUGAUUGGGAUGAUAGCCUUGACCUAGAUUCUGAUUGGAUUAUUGCUGAUGAUAUACAUCCUAAAGCAAAAACUCCGCUGGAGGAAGAGCUAUAUGCUAAAUUUGAAGCAAAAUUUGAUAGAAGUAUUGAGGCUUUGUGGUCAAAAGAUCAGAAUACACCAGAUGAUGAGUAUCAAGACUUGCCUAUAGACUUUCAAGAUCUUCUCUCAUCACCAUCUGACCAUAUAUUUGCUGAUCCUUCUGCUGAAAAGUCCAGCAUGAUAUCUUUUAGUGAAAGCAUUUGGUCAACUAAUGCAACUACCACUAAGCCAAAGCUUGCUGAAUCACCAACUGUAAUUGCAGAAGGUCUUCACAAUAGGCUUCGUCCUUUAAACAUCUGUGAACCCGAUUACCCACGUGAAAUAGAAACACUCACAUUGUAUGAAGGAGAUGACAUUUAUGAUGCUCUUUCUACUGUUGCUAAAACAAUGAGUUCUUUCACAGCCAUUAACCACAGUCGUGAUCGAAGUGGUUUUGCAGAGGUGCCACCAAGAAGUCUUCGCAAUGAUCCUGAUCAUGUGGUUGUUCGACCUCCUGUCAAUCAUCUCCAUUUGGAGCCAAUUGAUCGUGAAGACCCAUUGACAUCUUCUAGAACACAUUUCCGUCCAAUACGCCGCGAGCCUGAAACUACAGCAAUAUGUUAUGCAGAUGGUGAUACCUUUGACAUCCAUGGAGAUUUGGAUCAAGUUGAAUUCAAACGCAGCGAAUCAGGCGGCAUGUAUUUAGAAGAAACACAAGAACGCUAUUUAGAGUUCCGAUUCGCGAACAGUAUUGACUAUGGUCGGCUCAAUUUAACCGCAGCACAACGUUGUCCAGACUUGGACGAUUUGGAAUUCAAGCUGCGUUUUCCAAUGCGGCAAAUUGAUGUAGCAGUGCAGACGGAGCGGCAAAUUGACGCGUGGGCGUGUGACGAGUGUGGGGGCUCUGCUAAGAAGAUGCGGCCCAAUGGCAUCAAUAGCAUAUGGAGUGACGCUUGUGUUUGUGAAUGCGCUCAAACUGAUGCUUUAGUAUCGAACCGCGCUCCCGCCCCGCCUCCGGACGAAUUGUCGCGUGAUUGGGAGGAGUUGUUGUCUGAUAUCAGUGCCGCGCAUCAGAUGUACGCUCAAGAUGCCGACACGGGUACAUUGGUCGCUGAGGAAGCGCUGGUAAGUGCCGAUCGAAAGCGACGUCACAGUGUGGCGUUACGUUGCUCUGGCACUGGCGGGAUUUGUAACCAUCCUCAUGCGCGUUUCUUACAGUGUUGCUCGCCGGCAUUAGAUCGACCACUUACACGCUAAACUGAGGCUUAGAAAAUGGAGUUAAUACUGCAAAUUAAGUCAACUGUAAGAAACUUAUCUUGAACAUUUUAGAUGAAACAAAUGCAGAUAUAUUGUUUUAGAAUAUUUUUAGUUGUAAUUAAAUCAGGCUUUUGGAUGUGAAAGUUAAUAGGACAUUAGCUGCUUCUCAUUUUAUUGUAAUAUACAUCUUCUUCUUCUUCACACGGGUUGGUUUCCGCAACAUACAUAAUUGGAAAGAUACUAACAAAAUUUGCUAAUGUCAAAGAAUGUUUCCACAGUUGACUAAGUUUGCUAAAUCUCAAUCUGUGUGCCUACCUAUCGGGACUUUUUCUAGACUUUUUUGGACUGAUGGAACUUGGAUAUUUUAGGUAGAAUUUCUGUAAAACUAUAAAUUUAACUAAAAUGUUAAUGAGAUAUAUUAAUGUGUUGGUCAAAUUUGUAGUUCUGUACAUAUGUGAGUUUAAAAAUGUAAUUGAAAGUCUUGAUACUAUUAGCUUAUAUAACAUCACUAGCUUUUGGUUAGGGUGCUAUUGGUUCAGCAAGUUUGCUCUACAAACAGUCAGUCUGUCGGACACAAUGUUUACAAGGAUCAGGAUAUAUGGCAAGAAGUAUUGAUAAGUGGCCUUGGUAAGUGAUAUUACAUGUCAAUAUUGUGUCAUUGUGGUCUGUACUGCUUCAAGAUAGUAAAUAUCGCCAUUUGACAGUUGUAAAGUAUUGGUGCGGGUCCUAGGUGCCAUGGCAUAGGUUUGAGACAAACAGUUGGCUAAAGGUUUUGAGCUGCGUGAAAAUCGAGAUCUUACACUAAAUGAUGUGGCGAUAAAUAAAAAUUAGCAAUAGUGAUAGAUAAAAUUAGCAUCUAUUAAAUUGGAAUCUUAAGUUUCUCCAGAUUCAACCAUAUUAGAUUGCUAACAUAUCUUUGGUGAUAAUGGUGAUGUAAUUUUAAUUUUAGUUUGAAGUUUUCGUAUAUCUAUAAACUUAGGAAAUUUGGCGCGGUGAAAUGCUUUUGCCUAUACAAAAUUUAUUCAAAUGUAAUUUCCUGUAUUUUUUUUAAUGAAAUAAUUCUAUUUAUAUAAGAUGCCAAGCUUUUUGGCAAAUUAUUAUUUACAAAACUAUGCAACUAAGAAGAGUCAUAACUUUCUAUUUCGGAAAGGGAGGAGCAUUUCAUGUUGAGCCUUUUGGACGAUUUUAAUAUAAUUCUUAAAAUGAUAUCGUCCAGUUAUUAUUGAUUUGUUAUUAUGAAAUGUAGAUAACACAAUAUUUUUGUUUGUAUAUAUAUUUCUUUUGUUUAUGUUUUCUGGAGACCAAAUUUGCAUUUGGAAAUUUUAAUACAAAAUUGUUUUUUUUUUAUGACAUUGAUUUCAAUCUUUAGGAGAGUUAAUUAUGAAGACGGUCAGCAUUGAGACAGUUCAUAGUAAGGAUGGUUGCAGAAAUAUAGUUAACUUCCAUUGUUGACACCUUGCCCUUUGGUAAGAGUUCGUCGAAUCAUGGUUAUAUUUGUUGUUGAAGUGGAUGGUUUGUUUUAAUGAUUUAUCCAAUGUGUCUUAAGUUAAAUGCGGCAAUUUUAUUGAGUAGCCGCUUAUUAUAAGAUGGCAGGCGAAAAGCGCGACACCGGUGUAAGGUUCAGAUGGUAUGGCCAAAUGUGUCUGUCUUAGCAUAGUUAAAGUGUAAAGUUUUAUACAAAGUUGGACAAUGUUAGUUGGACGGAUAAUAAGGGUCGUCCUAGUGUGGUUUUGGAAUGGGAAUGUGUAACGAUUUGUGUACACUCCCUUUGUUCACAAUGUGUUCAUUCACAGGUGUUCAGUCUGUUAUAACGGAUAAGUUAAUGAAUCAAUACAGUAAGCGGCUGAAUGAAGAUUGUGAGCAAUGGUCCAGUGUACAUUUGUAACAUAAUUAUUCAAAUGAAUAAUAGUAACAGUUUAUGUAGGCAUAACUGUUAUUAUAGGUUAUGUAACGCGUAAGUGUAUAUGUUAUAUUUUAUAUUUCGUUUUCAUGGAGUUCCUGUAGAGGUCAUCUCGCUAUGAGAUGGUUUAUAUAGAGGAUAAAUUUAAAUAUUGCAUAAUACAUGUAAAAUAUGUCUUAAGCAUAUCACUCUGUGUAAUGACUCCAUUUCAUAUAUUUAUUUUAACUGAUUCAAGCCUUCCAAUGUGGAAAUGUUGCUGUAUUGUGCCGUGUUUAUAUAUUGUAUUGUUUAUUCAUUUUUCUGUAGUGUGUUUACUUCUGUUUGUAAUAACUAAAUGAAAAAUAACAAAAAAAAAUCAUCGGGAAGGCUAUUGUAUAUAUUAUAUCUAAUAUGUCAUUGUGAAACUCAUGUAUUGUAGACGAAUUCAAUUUAUUAUGUAUUGUUUUCAUAACUGUGUUUAUAAUAAAUAUUCUCCAGGACAUUUACGGUGAUUUUUCCACCAUUUAUUUAACUAAACAGUAAUUAUUAUAAACAUAGUAAAAUAAUUGUUCAUUGAGAGAUAUUUAGUAUGGUUGAAUAAUUUUAAAUCAACUAAUAUAAAUUCAUUUUCAUGUAAUAUCAAUUCAUUUAAUAUUAUUUUUUCAUCACAGCUUUAUUGUUUUGUCAUAGAUUCAUAUUAUAUUGUACUUACCCCAUUAUAAGAUAAUAUUUGCUAAAACAUACCUUGAAAAAAUUAGAAAAUCCAAAAAAAAAAAGAAGUUAGUCAUGUUUGCAUAUAAUAUUAUGUUUGAUUAGGGUUUAAUCGUUCGUAAUGUACCUAUGCACUUGAUUGUAUGCACCGAACGUCUGGUGCUUUGUUUUAGAGUAAGACCAUGUUCUAGAACAAGAGAGCUUUCAGGGGCCUUCCGGAGGACAUUAACAUCGGCCUCUGCAAACUCGAUUCUACAGAUCAAUAAUAAUCUUACAAGUUUGUACUUGCAUUAUAUAUUGAGUCUGUGGUCUUUUGAUUUAUUCUCAAAUAUGAGACAGGUUCACACUGUUUCGUACUUGAAAAAAAGUCAUAUAAAAUAAGUCCUCAAAAAAAAAGUAAACCACUCAAAUAUGUGGUAUUCGAGCUUUUUGUCAGUAAAUAUUGAUAAUUCGUCUUCGGCAAUUAGCGUUUAAAUUAAUUCUAACAUUUGCACUGAGUUGAGAGCAAAUUGAUUUUGGCCUUGACUUGCACGAGUUUAAAAUCGUAUUAAAAAUAAAAUAUAACUGUAGUAACUUUUUCAAAAUUUAUCCAAAUUAGCAAUGCUCUCUCCUCAUACAAACAAGUCGGCCUGUAACCGAUACCCUACAGGCCUUGGUUACACGCAUAUUUGUUACAGUUCAUAUCAGAAUAAUAUCAUUUCUUUCUUUCAAGCUGUUUAUGAUUAGAAAAAACAUAAAAAACCGGGGUAGAAACAAAACGAUUCAAGGGAUAUCACAUUUCGAUGUUAAAAUGGAAAUUUAUCAAAAUUUUAAAUAUCUAUUUCAAAAUAAUUGAAUCCUUCAAAUUUCGGGCUUUUUGAUUCUCUAUAUAUAAUAAAUAUUAUCGAUGUACAGUUACAAAUGGUUAUCCCUGACAACAGUUACCAUUUUCAUCACUAGUGUAUUAUGUUUACUACUCCGGUUCUUGCCAUCUGUGGGAAGAAAAUAAAAAAGUAAACAACCA